AAAGUUGGUCCAGUGUCACAAAGAAGUAAUAUUCCAUGACAAAGUAAGGGUAAAUAAUAGUAAUAAUCCUGAAUUAAUAAUAUUGAUAUUGAAAAAUGUAAAUGUAAAUUUUCUAGAUUUGAAAUGAUUGGAGAUCCAGACUCUUCUCUCAACUGAGACCUAUGCCUGGCCCGGCCCUGAGCUAAAGAUUCAUGAAGCAUAGGCUUUGGACGCCAAGGUUUAUAAGGGCAUUAUUCAUAUAUAUAUUUUUUUGGUAUAGUGGUUUGUAAAUUCUAAAAUACAUUUUAGGUGAUGUGUUCAAUACUCACGACGGGCAGUAAUUUUUAAAUUUGCUUCAGGCAUAGAAUGAUACCGGGCCGGCACUGCUUAGACCACUCGUGAAUGCUUCAGGAAAAUGGAUUUUGCAUAGUCCAAAUAAAAUAGAUUUGAGACCGAAUCACAAUGGUUUCGAACUUUCGAAGCAAAACAACAACACUAUGAUAUGGGCUAAAGUCUAUUUAUCUAAGUCAUGACGAUGAAGUCCACCGGGUCAGAUAUUGAUCUAAACGUGAACCCAAUUGAGAAAGAUUGUAGGACUACUAAUGGUGUUUUCGUGGUUAAACGAAAUAAUCAGGGGCAGGAAGAGAAAUCUCAAGUAUCGAGGCACUUCAUGAUAUCUUUUUAUCAUGUGGGUCCAAAUCCUGCCUUUUACUUUACAGGCCGGUCCUUUAUUUGUCUAAAUUCUUCCUACGUAUUUUCCCACUGCAUAUACUACGGAAGUUACGAAAAUACCCAUGCUUUGUUAUAAUACUCUUAUGAAAAAGCCUCUUUCAACCUAAGUGGCAAUACAGGUAAUAAAGAUACAAAGCAAGGGUGAAAAACAAAAUGGGGAAGUCGUAAUCCGUGUCCCGUCUUAUUAUUCGUCGGAGCUUUUUCCAUUUACCUUUUUUGCUUCUCUUUAUUUUAUUUGUUUAAUUUUAAUAUUAGUGGAGUAUUAUUUAUUUUUUAUAAUAUGUUUUUUUGUUUUUGUUUCUGUCUUCUUCUUCUCGUCCUUCUUCUUGACUUGUCUCCUCUCUCCGACUCCGACAGUAGUUUUGACCGUUGCUUUCUCCAACGUCUCUUCCCUACAGAAAAUCCUCACGCUUACUCCUCGAGCUUCUUUUGACUAUAUAACACAACCCUAUUAGGUUUGGUUUUUUUUUUUCUCUGGGGUUGUUCAUUACAUUUUUAACAUCUCACUCGAACAAGUCCAAGAUUUGCCACUUUUAUCUCAUGUGAGUUUCUGUCAGUUUUGAGUAAUUCCACAUUUUUAUUGGAAAUAAGCAAAAAUGGUGCAUUGGUUUUAGAUUUUCUUGAAGAGGGUUUAAAGAUUUGAAGACUGUGAAGAGCUUUUUGUCUUGUCUGUAUGAGAAACGAAAAAUAAUGUCUGUUUCUUCUCAUUUAAUGUGAGUUGAUAGUAAAUAGCUAAAAGUCCACUCUUCUUUGUUCUCAGUUGUUUCAUUACAAUGAGGUCUUGAUCUGUGGAUUUGAAGCUUGAGAUUAGAGAGAAAUGGGAUGUUCUCACUCCAAGUUAGACGACGAAGAAGCUGUUCAGAUCUGUAAAGACAGGAAACGUUUCAUCAAACAAGCGAUACAAGAUAGAACCAAGUUCGCUUCUGGUCACAUUGCUUAUAUCAACUCACUUAGACAAGUCUCUGACGCUCUCCAUGACUUUAUCCAGGGAGACAACAACUACAAGCCUCACGAGUUCGUUCCGGCUCACGACUCAUUUGAGGUGACUCCGGUUAAGAGAAUACCACCGAGCAGCAGCCGUAGAAGCACCAGCAGGAGCGGCUGUGAUGAGUUCAUCACCAUUUCGCCUUCUUCCAUGCCUCCGAAAAUGAUUCAAGAAAAGCCAAGAACGAAGGUGAGAGCGAGCUACUUGAUGUCUAACAGAAGCAGACCGGUUCGUGUCGAGCAGAGAUCUCCUGAAACGUUUCGCGUUGAGUCGUUUCCACCUCCGCCGAGUCACCAAUACGGAGAAGGAGAAGCUGAUGGUUUCUUUGGGAUGAAUAUGGAUAUGAAUGUAAACACUUCUGCAGCUUCUUCUUCUUCGUUUUGGAAUCCGUUGAGCUCUCCUGAACAAAGGCUAAGCACUCAUAACAUUCCACCUCCUUCGCCGCAGAACUCGCAGUGGGACUUCUUCUGGAAUCCCUUCUCUUCGUUGGAUUAUUAUGGUUAUAAUAAUGGUUAUGAUAGGGGAAGUGUUGAGACUCGUACUGGUACUGUGGAUGAUGAGAUUAGAGGAUUGAGACGUGUUCGUGAGGAAGAAGGGAUUCCAGACUUGGAGGAAGACGAUGAACCUCAGCCUCCGAGGUUUCAGAAUCAUAACUUGAAAGCAAACGAAGAUAGUAGAGGUAAUGUUGAUAAGAGUUGUUGCAAGGAGGAAGUUAAAGUUGAAGACGUUGAUGAUGAUGAUGAAGAUGAGGAUGAGGAUGAGGAUGAGGAUGAGGAUGGGGAGUUUACGGACAGUGGGUGUGAAAGCGAGGACGAGGGAGAUGAGAAAUGCGUUGGAACGCAAGAACAGCGAACAGUUGAGGUGCCUAAAGCAGAAACUAAAGAUAAUGUUGUUGGUGUUGGGAAUGUUGAAGAGGUGAAGAAUGUUGUUAACGUUGCAAAAAGAGAUACGCCAGGUUUCACGGCGUAUGUGAACCGGAGACCAACGAGCAUGGCAGAGGUAAUCAAAGACCUUGAAGAUCAGUUCACAGCCAUUUGCGACGCGGCUAAGGAAGUCUCUGGGCUAUUGGAAGCUAGCAGAGCUCAAUACGCACCAUCUCCUAAUGAUCACACAAUGAAGAAGCUGAAUCCUGUAGCUUUGUUCCGUUCGGGUUCAUCUAGAUCUUCCUCUUCAAGAUUCUUGCUCACUUCUUCUGGUGGUUCCGGGUCUGAAAGUAGAAGUGAUGUUUCAGAUGAAUCUUGCAUGGUUUCAGGUAGCCACCAAACAACACUGGACAAACUUUUCGCGUGGGAGAAGAAACUCUACGAUGAAGUUAAGUCUGGAGAACGUGUUCGAAGAGCAUACGAGAAGAAAUGUAUGCAGCUAAGGAAUCAAGACGUUAAAGGAGAUGAUCCUUUUGCAGUUGAUAAAACAAGAGCUACUAUUAGAGACCUUAACACACAGAUAAAAGUCUCUAUACACUCUAUAGAAUCCAUCUCCAAAAGGAUUGAGACUCUUCGCGACCAAGAACUGUUACCUCAGCUUCUGGAGCUUGUUCAUGGAUUAACAAGGAUGUGGCAAGUUAUGGCAGAGAGUCAUCAGAUUCAGAGAAGAACACUAGACGAAGCCAAAAUGUUACUUGCAGGGGCACCGGUUUCAAAGCGUCACAAGAAGAGACAGCCUCCAGUAAUGCCAGAGGCAAUCAACUCUCAAAGAUUAGCUCAAUCUGCUUUGAAUCUUGAAGCUCACCUUCGAAACUGGAGAGCCUGCUUCGAGUUCUGGAUCACGUCUCAAAGAUCCUACAUGGCAGCACUGUCUGGUUGGCUUCUCAGAUGUCUCAGAUGCGAUCCUGACCCUGAGAAAGUUAGAUUAUCCUCAUGUCCUCACCCUAUAUACCGAGUCUGCAUCCAGUGGUCCAAGUUGCUUAACAGCUUGGAGGAGAAGCCGGUUUUGGACAAACUGGAGUUCUUUGCCUCAGGGAUGGGUUCGGUAUAUGCAAGACAGGUUAGGGAAGACCCGAGUUGGAGCGGAAGCGGCGGGUCAAGGAGGUAUUCCGGGUCAGAGAGCUUGGACCUUGUGUUGGCUGAAGAUGUUGUGAUGACGCCUGAGAAACUUGCAGAGGUUGCUCUUAAAGUUCUCUGCCAUGGGAUGUCUGUUGCAGUGAGCUCACUAGCUGAGUUUGCUAUCUACUCGGCUGAUGAACACUCAAAGCUUGUUAACCAACCAGAGGACACGUCAGGGCAACGUCCGGAUGUAAAUUUAAAUUCCUAAUUGUUGUUUGGUGUUAGAGAGUUUAGAAAUUAGGUUAGGUUUUUGGCUAUCAUCAUUUGCUAUCAGAAGAUAGUUUUUAGAUGGAUGAGAUUUGUAUUAUUAGCAAGACAAAACAGAGUUAGUUCAGUUGAUUUUGAGGAUGAACAACAA